ACUCAGUCCAAAGUCAACCUAGGUACCCCUACUGCACGGCACGUGUGUUUACGUUUGUUGUGUUAGAAGAGUUUGUUACAAUGUCGAAAAGAAUUAAAUUAAACGAAGAAGAUUCCAAUGAUGUGGAAGGCGAUCAUGUUACAGAAACUGUGCAGGCCAGAUUUGUUUCGGAUACGGGAGAAGAGGCGGGACCUCCUAUAGAUCUACCAGCUGGCGUAACUGUUGAACAAUUGGGCUUGAUUUGCAAUGCAUUGCUGAAAAAUGAAGAAACCACACCGUACAUAUUCUUUGUUGGAGAUGAUGAAAUUAAAAAGACAUUGGAUUCAACACUGGACCUUAAGACCAUCGACACGGAAAAUGUUAUAAGCAUUGUUUAUCAACCACAGUCGGUAUUUAAAGUUCGCCCGGUGACAAGAUGUACAAGUUCUAUGCCUGGACAUGCUGAGGCUGUUAUUUCUAUAAGCUUCAGCCCUGAUGGCACACACUUGGCCAGUGGCUCAGGUGAUACUACUGUGCGACUAUGGGAUCUUAACACAGAAACUCCACAUUUUACAUGCAGUGGUCACAAACAAUGGGUUAUGUGUUUGGCAUGGUCUCCCGAUGGCAAGAAAUUGGCAAGUGCCUGCAAAUCUGGCAAUAUAAUGUUAUGGGACCCUGAGACAGGAAAACAACUGGGUCGCACACUAACGGGCCACAAGAAAUGGGUUAAUUGUUUAAGCUGGGAGCCAUAUCACAAAAAUCCCGACUGCCGUAAAAUUGCGAGUGCCAGCAGUGAUGGUGAUUGUCGAAUUUGGGAUACCGUUUUGGGACAAUGUUGUAUGGUAAUAUCGGGUCACACAUCAGCAGUUACUGCUGUGCGCUGGGGUGGAGCUGGUUUAAUUUAUACAUCAUCCAAAGAUAGAACAGUAAAAAUUUGGCGAGCCGCCGACGGUGUUAUUUGUCGUACAUUUACUGGCCAUGCCCACUGGGUUAAUAACAUUGCCCUCAAUACGGACUAUGUUCUGCGAACAGGACCCUUCCAUCCAGUUCAGGAUCGUAACAAGAGAUAUUGCGAUAUAAAAAAGGAAGAGUUACAAGAAAUGGCUUUGCAACGUUACAAAAAAGUUUGCCCUGACGAUAUUGAAUCCUUAGUUUCUUGUUCCGAUGACUUUACUUUGUACCUGUGGGUAGCAAAUCAGAAUAAAUGUGUACAACGUAUGACUGGUCAUCAAAAUGUUGUGAAUGAUGUUAAGUAUUCACCAGACGUGAAACUGAUAGCGUCAGCUUCCUUUGACAAAUCUGUACGUUUGUGGCGAGCCAAAGAUGGACAAUUCUUAAACACUUUUCGUGGCCAUGUUCAAGCGGUCUAUACUCUAGCGUGGUCUGCAGAUUCUAGAUUACUUCUUAGUGGAAGUAAGGACUCGACAUUAAAAGUUUGGAGUGUGCAAACCAAGAAACUGGCACAAGAACUUCCCGGUCACGCAGAUGAAGUCUUUGCUGUAGACUGGGCACCAGACGGUUCUAAAGUGGCAUCUGGUGGAAAAGAUAAAGUUGUAAAAUUGUGGGCUUAUUAACUAUAUAUAGAAAUGCUAUCUGCGAACACACUGUUUAUAGAAUGCUUUAGUUUUUAAAAAAAUGCAUAACAAUUAAUAUUUUUAUAAUAUUAAACAUCCAAAAAUACUAAAUCACAAA